AUGAAUGAAAACGGUAACAACAUUGUAGAAAUUGUAAAAAUAAAAGAAAAGGUGUAUUUAUUGCUACGUAAUAAAGAUUUUCUGAGAAAUCUUGAACAAAGUUGUUUGUGUUAUCAUCAAGAAAUACAAUCAAAUUCUGACUCAACGAAAUUCCUUCAUCAGCCUUUAUUUGUGAAUGUCAAUUUGAGAUACAGCGAAAUUUUGGAAGCUGAAAUUUUGUAUUUAAUAACAAAAGAACCAACACAGUUUGAAGAGAUCUUAACUGAAGUAAUUCACGUUUUGGUUUCAAAAUUUUUUUCUGACUCUGGAAGUACGUUCGUUGUAAAGCUUGAACAAAUACUGUGCAACGUAUCAUUUCUUGACCUUCCAUAUAUUCCAACAUAUAUUUUUGACAUAUCAUCUUGUUAUGUCAAUUGUGCUUUAACAACCCUCCAUUGUAUUAUUUACAGCAUAAAACCAGCUGAACAAUAUAUACGAUAUUCUGUUUGGGAAUGUAAGCAAUGUUUUGGAUCUCCCAACAUUAUUCAGAAAAAUCGUUAUCAUCAGAAUAAUUCCCAGAAUUGUCCUCGUUGCAUGAACAAAUGCACAGAAGUUCUAAUCAAUCGAGUUACUUCCAGAUUCUGUUUUGCUCUUGUUUUUGACGUGAAAUCGUUAAAAAAUCCUAGGAAAACUCAUUCCAUAGAUUUUGCUCUGAACAUUCAACUUUAUGACGAGAAUUGCCAAGAAUUACAACUAGGACAGGAAUACAUUGUAACUGGAGUUUUUGAUCCAAAAGGGAAAUUAUACAACGUCUGGAAUAUUCGUCCAUCAGAUUAAAUUAUUGAUUCAUUUAAUCCUUCAAACAGUCAAUCUUCUCAUACACAAGUUCAGUCACAAGAUUUAUUCUCAAAAGAUAACACCCAAUCAAAUUUCUCGAAUAAUGUUAACUCAAAUUUAUCACUAUCACAAAUAUUUCAAUCAACGCAAUCAGAAAACUCUCCUGAAAUUUCACAAAAUUAUUCACCUCGAAGUUUUCCUAAAUAUGAAGAGCAAGAAUCUUCGUCGAAAAUGAAAAUUAGCAAUAUUCUGACUAACGAAAGCUUUACACAAGAUUCAGAAGUUGAUGACGAUUUGAAUUUCAUUCCAAAAUCCAUUUUGCAAGUUUACGAAUUUUUGAAAAAUAAGCAUUCUGAAUGGACCUUCAUAUCAGUUAUUGUUGGACAGUUGUGUCAGGAGACGUUUCCAUUCGGUACUUACAACAAUCUUAAACUGAGUCUUCUUCUGAGUAUAGCAGCGAGUGGUGGCGAUUUCUCUUCUCUUAUUCCUAUUGUCGCAAUAGGCAAAGAAACAUCCCAUGCAAACAUUUUGAUGACAUGUCUUGGACGCUUCACAGGUCGAUUCAUUUCUGCUAUAAAUUUCGAAAAUACUGUCAAGAAAAAUGGAACUGUUGAGGCAGGUCCACUUCUAUUAGCAAGAGGUGGAGUACUUAAAGUUGGUGAUUGGUCGGGAAUAUCAGGAAAGAACAUUUUAAAAUUGAUGCGCGAAAUCGAAACUGGAACUGUAACGAUAGAGCAAAAUCAACAAUCGUUUCCUUUGAAUUCUACAGUUUGGUGUUAUUGGAGUUGCUCUACAGAAAUCUCAAAAGAUAUAACGACAAUCAAACAGUUCAUGAAUGUGUUUGGUGUCCCCAUCCUAAUUGAUGAUCACAUAAACGAGACAGAAAUAAUCGAUGAUUUGUUAGAAUCAGCAACCAAAAUUGAUGAAAACUUUUCGAUAUCUGAGAAUGAUAUGCGAGAAUAUUUAAGUUAUGCUGCUAAAGUCGAAGUCACUAUGGAACCACAAGCCGAAAAAAUAUUGAAAGAUUAUUUUCAAGCAACAAGAAUUAUUCGGCCAAACGCUUUAACACCUAAAGCUUUUGAAAUAUUGAAGAAAAUGACAGAGUCUUAUGCGAAACUUUGCCUUCGUAAGUUCACUUCACCUGUCGAUGCUCUAGCUGCAAUAAGUAUUAGCGAGAAAUAUAUUAAAGUUCUUUUUGAGAAAGAUUCUUAUUCAUCACCUGACGAAGAGAAAAUCACAUCAAUCGAUGAUUUCGAUAAAUACCAGCACAGACUUCACACUUGGUUAUCUACUUUCACUGAGGAUAUUCUGAAUAAAUAAAUUAAAUGCUAGAAUUAAUUUUAAUAUUUCUAUAACAAUAAAAUGUCAAUUAAAUUUAGAAUUGAUAAACGAUAUGAGUUACCUAAAUGUAUAAAAUAAAAAAUAUAAAAGC